AUGGCUCGGCACUCCCGCAUCCAGGGAGAAUUGGACCGCAAACCUGUCUUCACCUGGGACGGCAUGUUUUGCGUCUCCAGCGUGGCAGAUGAUGCCGGGCUGUGCAUAUUCUAUGAAUCAUGGAAGCGCACGACAAGCACCGAGAAGCUGGGAGUGGCCAUUGUCAGAUCAACAUUUGACCGAGUAUCAGACGGCCGGCGGUGGCUCGCAAUGCUGGCUGAACUCUAG